AUGGCCAACAUUUGGCCUCAUUUAAUCUAUCCACUGGCAUUUUGCUUGCUGGCUACUAAUUUAGUAGCUGCUGAUUACAAGCCUUACACUUAUGAUUCACCACCUCUGUCGCACUAUGUUUAUAAGUCGCCACCACCUUCGGCGUUUGCACCACGUUAUUACUAUAAGUCGCCACAUCCAUAUUGGUAUAAGUCCUCACCGCCACCUUCUCCAUCACCUCCUCCUUACUACUAUAAGUCGCCACCACGCCCGAAAAAGUCGCCACCGCCUCCUUAUUAUUAUAAAUCGGCUCCAACUCCGAAAGCAUCCCCUCCAUCCCCAUUUUAUAAGUCGCCACUCCCACCAUCACCUCCUCCACCUUAUGUUUACAAGUCACCUCCUUCUCCAUCUCCCUCACCAACUCCUUAUGUUUAUAAAACUCCACCUACACCAUCUCCACCUCCUCCUCCUCCAUAUGUGUACACGUCUCCUCCUCCACCAUCGCCAUCUCCUCCUCCUCCAUAUGUGUAUAAAUCACCACCACCUCCCUCCCCAUCACCACCUCCUCCUUAUGUUUAUAAGUCUCCACCACCUCCAUCACCAUCACCUCCCCCUCCAUACAAUUACAAGUCUCCACCACCACCUUCUCCAUCACCUCCUCCUCCUCCAUAUGUCUACAAGUCACCACCACCUCCAUCACCAUCACCUCCUCCUUCUUAUAUUUACAAGUCCCCACCACCACCAUCUCCCUCUCCCCCUCCUCCGUAUGUGUACAAAUCUCCUCCACCACCAUCUCCGUCGCCUCCACCUCCAUAUAUCUACAAAUCCCCCCCUCCACCAUCUCCUUCACCACCUCCUCCAUAUGUUUAUAAAUCGCCUCCACCUCCAUCACCAUCGCCAUCACCUCCUCCUCCAUACAUUUACAAGUCUCCACCACCACCUUCUCCGUCACCUCCACCUCCAUACAUUUACAAGUCACCUCCUCCUCCUUAUGUCUACAAGUCCCCACCUCCUCCAUCUCCAUCACCACCACCUCCUUACUAUUAUAAGUCUCCUCCUCCACCAUCUCCUUCACAUCCUCCUCCCUACUAUUAUAAAUCACCACCACCACCUUCUCCGUCACCACCGCCACCUUAUUACUACAACUCUCCUCCACCUCCCAAGGGUUACUACUAAACAUAUCACACUUUAUUC